GAUAAUAUAUUAUAUUUGACAUUUACGGUUGCCGACAACAUGGCCGUCAACAACCGUUCCGAUUCACACUUUUUGCAUCUGUUUUUGACAUCUAAUCUCAUAACACUAUACGAAAUUGUCAUAUUUGCGUUUCGUUAUACGGAAUUUUUAUUGAAAUUUAUUUUUGUCAUAAUUAAUUAAAAACGCAUUUCCGACAUUCAAAAACAGUUUAAAAUGUUCAUGCUUAACCCUGACAAGCCUCCUAAGUUGAAAACAUAACUAAAAUCAAGUACCGGAUAUCUAUAGCCAACCCCCAGUAUUUUCUUGUGUUAAUAAACAGCUGGCAAAAUAGUCUUCUUCAUAAUCGAGGUGCCUUCUAGAAGUGGAAGCUUCGGAAGUCGAAGUUUCACGCUGGUUUUGAAAAGCUUGGUUUCGGCAAGUAGUAGCUUCGGCUUCUGGAGUCGAAGUAUAGCGUGUAUACUCUGAGAGUGAACUCGUAGGUCUAGCAAUUGGAAAAAGUUGUGUAUUUAAGGUUUUCAGUCUUUCUUGUGACAAAUAAUUAUUAAUGAAAUUUUGACAAACAAUAGCAUUUCUUAAUGGCAAACUACGUAAUUGGCUUGCCACAUGUACUCCGAAUGUAUCAAAUUCAUCUUGACGGAUAGUUUGAGCCAAAGUUUCUAAUCUAUUGACUGCUUGUAAAACAGGUGGGUCCAUUUUAGGUGCGUCCAUUGGAGCACGCUCCGCCUUUUUCUUUGGAGACAAUUUUUUUUUCUAUUGUAAGGCCGCAAUAUUAGAUUCUUGUUCCAAUUCAUCAAAAUAUGAAGAUGCGUCGCUGUGUGUGUUCACCGCUGAAUCUUUUCCCUGUAACCAUACACUAAUAUAAGUUUAUUUCUUUUAGGUGCCAUCCACCACAGAUCAAUGGAAGAAAAUACAAAAGGAUUUUUUAGAUCGCUGGCAAUUUCCUUUUUGCUGUGGGGCUAUUGACGGGAAACACGUAUUAAUCGAAAAUCCACCACACGGAGCAACAGACUAUUAUAAUUACAAAGGCACUUAUAGUGUGGUGUUGUUUGCUAUAGUGGAUGCACAUUACCGUUUCAUAUAUAUAGAUUUCGGAACUAAUGGACGCAUGAAUGAUUCGCAUAUUUGGAAAAAAACAAAGUUCUAUAGUGCUCUUGAAAGAAAUAAUUUAGAACUACCUAAUAAGGCAGUUUUCGUUGGUGAUGAUGCUUUCCCUUUGGCAACCUAUUUAAUGAAACCGUAUUCAAGACAUGAAGGUUUGGAACACAAACAAAAAAUCUUUAAUUACAGACUAUCAAGAGCACGCCGAAUCGUAGAGAAUGCCUUUGGCAUAAUGGCUUCACGAUUCAGAGUAUACAGAAAACCUAUAUCUGUUUCAUUGGAUAAAACUGAUUCUAUUAUUAAAGCGACCUGUGCGCUGCAUAACUGGCUUCGGACUAAUCUCAUAUACAUGAAUACUCCCGAAUUAGUAGACGGAGAAGACUUCAGUUCAGGGACAAUCAGAAACGGAAGUUGGAGAAGCAUUCCUACGGCAGGAGUAGACGAAUUAAUGACACCGCUAUCUUCUAAUAACUAUUCACGAAAUGCAAAAGAUCUGCGCGAUAGAUAUGCUGACUAUUUUGUCGGACCAGGAAAAGUUUCAUGGCAAGAUAGAAUGAUUGCGUAAAUAUUGUAUGUUUAUUUAAGUAAUAUUAUAAAAAUGGCCCUGUUCACAAUUUACCUAUUAUAAUUUAUAAUAUGCGAACAAGAAUAACUAUUUAAUAAAUAAUAAUAAGACUUACCAUGGUAUCUUUACUGUUUCUUCCUUCUAUCACUGGCUUUAAAAAGCGGUCAGCUACAGAAAACCAAAUUAAUUGAGGUCUGUAUACAUCAUCCUUUCCCGCGCCACUCUUCUUUGACUUUGCUACCUUACUGGCCUCUCUAUUAUACGUGGUUCGUAUAUUUUUUAUCUUCAAUUUAAGCUCUUCAACUGUUAUGGACAAACGCAUUUCUUGAAUAAUAGAUUUAAGAGCCGCUAAACGUACAUUAUUGUUCCUGUAAUCUUGUUCUCUUGGGUUCCAUAAGCAUGGAUGCAUUUCAUAGCAUUCCAAAAACUGUAUGGUGUUAUUUUUAUUCAUGGUUGUUACGAUACAUAUACACAGAAACGCUGUAGUAAAUAAAUACACGUGCGUGCGCGAAACACCUUCAUGCGGCGGGCGAUCGCCUGCAACUGAUCGUUUACACGGUCGAUUUUAGUCACCAGUCGCUUGCGGCUGGUUGCCGCGCGGCCAAAGUCGGAUGCUACCCAACUUUGGGACUUGCGGCUUUAGUCACUUGCAACUUAGCCGAAUUGCCAUUUAGAUGGUCGAUUUACGCCGCGCGGCAAAAAUCGUGCGGCUUUAGUCACCCGUGUAAACCCCCUAUAAGACUCGUACACGUUUCUGUAUUUUUACUGUUUUUGGUUACUGCUCUACAAAUUCACUAGCAACGUUGAGUUGAGCUUCAGUUCCUCCGUUAUCUCGUCGAAUCUUUGUGGUGUUGUUGAUUCAGUGACUUAUAAGAGACAGGACUCAUUUUAGAGAUAGAAUUCUUAUUUUGUGGUGUUAUUAUCUACUAGUGCCGUAAGGUUAAAUAAUGCCUAUUACCGUGUGUUGUGUCAACUCUUAUCUUGCCAAGGAUAUAGUACUGUUUUACUUUCCUCGAGACAAAAACAUGCAAAGCCUUUGGCUUUCUUAUGUCGCUCCUCAUAGCCCAGAACUUCUUCAACUGUCAUCGAAACAAUUAGCCCAAAAGAAGAUUUGUAUCAGGCAUUUCGAACAUCAAUAUCUUGACGGCUUCACGAGGAAAUACCACGGUUAUCCUACUCUACUGACUGAAGAAGAAAUAGCUUGUGGAGUACCCAGUAAGUACGAAAAAUAUCUUUCCCAUUUAGAGCCAAAUUUAGAAAUAUAUUUGAUAAAGACUGAAUUAUACCCGAGGCAGUGGUUUAAAUUAUUUAUCAAUGCAAUAUUAACCAUGAGAGUAGAGUUUGAAGAAAAUAUGAUACUAAAUAUAUUGCAUAUUCUUAUGAAAAAAAUUUCUUAUAUUACAAAAUAGCUAAAGUGAUAUUUAUUUCAGGUCAAUCCAUCACUGACUAUUAUGAUCAUACUUACUGUAAAAGAAGGCAAGGUAUGGAAGAAGCAGCUCCUGAAAUAAUUAAAAAGCCAAAAUAUAGUAAAGAAUACAUGCUUGGUAAAUAUUUUUUUAUAUUAGCUUGAUAUAUAUUAUGUACACAUCACACAUAUUCUUACCUUGAACAAAUUGUCCAAUUAAGUAAGUCCAACUUUAACCGAGACAUCAAUCAACGGAUCCAACUCAGCUGGGCAGCGUGUGAAGAUUAUGACACAUCUCACAGAAUACCAGCGUAAAAUAGUAGCUUAACGCUGCUGUGUUUCGUAUGGUGAGUGUAGAGAACCGGAGGAAACAAGGCAUUCCAUCUUAGUCCUCAUGGGUGUCGCAACACAUCUGCAUUUUAAUUCUUAAUCAAAGAUAGAUGUAGAUGUCUAUGGGCCACAGCAACCACUUACCAUCAGGUGGACUGUGUGCUCGUUUGUCACCCUUAUCCU